AUCAAGAUGGUGUAGAUCCAAGGCUUGUCUUGUCAGGAUUCCUCGGUUUACAGUGGGGGCUCAGUUUCGUGUUGACUGCCGUGCUAGCCCCUGGUCGCCAUUUUAGUGUCCGUUACGGGCCGUAAGGUUGCAAUCGGACCUUUAGUAGAAUCUCCAGAGAUAUCUCCGGGAGGACAACGUUCGCCUCAGCAGCAGACGGCAGGUAUAAAGACAACCUUCUCGCAGCUGCUAAAGAUAUGGUCUAUCACUACUUCGCAAUCAAUUACUACAGAACUAUCCAAUGGCGGAAGCAACACAAAAUAUUGAACACUUUGAUGCUCUCGCCUCAAAUGGCGCUGGACACUUGCAAUCUUCAGCACCAAAACAUGACGACGAGACAAACAGGCAAACCCACAGUGACGCCAACAAUACUCCAGCUUCGAACUCCCAGCAUCGUGCCGUAAUCAGCCUCAUUGAAAAUAUCGCGUCCAAAGACCCUACACGCCCAUUCACCUAUAUCCCCGUAUCAUCCGAUCCUAAGGAUGGCUGGAAGGCCGUCACAUUCGAGCAACUCGCACACGCCAUUGACUAUUUGGCCCACAACAUCUCAAAGUCCACCGUCAACUCGAACAAUGAGUUCCCUACAGUGGCCUAUAUUGGCCCCAACGAUGUGCGAUACCCUAUGAUGUUACUGGCUUGUAUCAAGUCUAGCUGCAAGGCACUCUUCAUCUCUCCCCGCAAUACGACUGCUGUUCAACUGUCGCUAUUUGAGGCAACGGACUGCGAUAGCCUUUACUAUGCUGAGUCGUUUCAAUCAAUUAUGAAGCCAUGCCUCGACCGGCGAACAAUAGAAGCUGUCACGAUUGACAGUGUCGACCACUUACUUGGCGUUACUCCAACCCGAUUUCCAUACAGCAGAUCCGCCGAGCAGGCUAGAUGGGACCCUCUGGUUGUUCUGCAUACCAGUGGCUCAACAGGAAUCCCGAAGCCAAUCAUUGUGCGACAAGGGAUACUCUCUGCAUUUGACACUUUACAGAAAUUGCCCAAGUACCAAGACUCUACUUUUAUUUUCUCGGAGUGGGCAAAGCGAGCGAGCAGGAUCUUUAUUGCCAUGCCUAUGUUUCAUGCUGCAGGAUCUUACUCGACAAUAGCCUCAAUAUAUCUUGGCCUUCCUACAGCCAUGCCACUUCCAAACAAGCCUAUGAGUGUUGAUACCGCAUUGGACUGUCUGACACAUGCUGGUGUCGAUGGUGCCUUGCUGCCUCCUUCCAUCGUUGAGGGGCUCUCAGCAUCAGAAGAGGGCGUUGACGUUCUGACAAAGCUUUCUUUCGUAGCAUUUGCAGGUGGAAAUCUCUCGCCUGUGGCAGGCAACAAUCUUGUGGAAAGAGGUGCCAUCUUGAACAACCUCAUUGCAUCGACUGAAUUCUUUCCCUACGCGUCAUACUUUCCUACCGAUCCAAAGCUUUGGCAAUACUUCAUUUUCGACAGCCAAGUUAUGGGAAUUAACUGGCGUCCAUAUAGUUCAGAUGGGUAUGAACUUGUCGUUCGCCGCAACGACCCUGUGGACCCUGGUGUUCAGUCGUGCUUCUACACUUUCCCUGAAUUAUCUGAGUGGUCCACCAAGGACAUCUUCCAACCUCACCCUACGCUCAAGGAUCACUGGUUAUACAAAUGUCGCGCCGACGACGUUAUUGUAUUCUCUAACGGCGAGAAACUGAACCCUGUUUCUAUCGAGGCUCGUGUGACUGGACAUCCUUUGGUCAAAGGAGCCAUUGUCGUUGGGCAAGACAAGUUCCAAGCAGCCCUCAUCCUUGAGCCCGUUCCCGAUGCCCUACCCAAGAAUGACACGGAAGCCAAGCAAUAUAUCGAAAGCGUAUGGCCGUUGAUCGAGAAAGCAAACGCGGAAACAGUAGGACAUGGCCGAAUUGCUAGAAACUUUGUGACUGUUGCAGACCCAGCAUUGCCCUUUCUCCGCGCUGGAAAGGGCACUGUGCAACGAGCCAGUACUCUCAAACUGUACCGUGACUUUAUUGAGUCGCUAUAUGAGAAAGCCGAUGCACCUUGUGAGGGAAAUGCUCCCAUCGACCUGGAUUUUGGUGAUGGGCAAGCCUUCACACAAUUUAUCAUUCAUCUCUUCCAAGACAAGCUCGGAGUUGAUGGGCUUGAGCCGAAUACAGACUUCUUCUCGGCGGGAGUUGACUCAUUGCAAGUGAUGACAGCAUCAAACUUGCUGAAGUUUGCACUGCAGGGAGCAGGCGUUGAUGCUACGACGAUUACACCCCGAGUUAUCUAUCGGUAUCCGACACCGAAAGACUUGGCCGCCUACAUUCUUUCCAUCCAAAACGGAUCUGCCGACCAGGAUGAAGAGGCCAAAGAAGUCAAAGAAACCGAGCGACUUGUUUCAAAGUACACUGAGAACUUGCCCAAACCGAGGACUGGGAAGCAAGAGCCAUCGAGUACCGACCAGACCAUCGUGAUCACAGGAACAACCGGCUCUCUGGGAGCUUACAUGCUUGACAGAGUGUGCAAGCUGCCUUCGGUGAAGAAGGUCAUCGCGCUCAACCGAGGCGAGGAUGGUGGUCUUUCUCGUCAGCCUUCUGUGAGCGAGUCUCGUGGCCUAGCAACUGAUUUCUCCAAAGUCGAAUUUCUGCAAUCUAAUCUAUCUCUUCCUGAUCUCGGCCUAGGCCAGCCUAGAUACAACGCCCUUCUUGCCAGCGUCGAUCGUAUCAUUCAUAACGCCUGGCCCGUGAACUUCAAUAUCAGCGUGUCCUCCUUCGAGAGCUCCAUCUGCGGUGUUCGUCAUCUAGUAGACUUCUCUUCUACGGCGGCUAAGAGCGUACCUAUUAUUUUCAUUUCAAGCAUCGGUGUUGCAGAUGGAUGGUCGUCUUCUGAUAGUGUGCCUGAACAAGCACUACAUGAUAUGAGUCUGCCACAGAUGGGUUAUGGGCGCUCUAAGCUUGCAGGAAGUCUCAUCCUGGAUGCUGCAGCAGAGAAGUCUGGAGUUCCCACUGCUUCGGUGAGAGUCGGUCAGAUUGCAGGCCCACGAGGAGAAAAGGGCAUAUGGAAUCGUCAGGAGUUUAUUCCGAGUCUUAUUGCAAGCUCGGUGUAUCUGGGAGCUCUGCCAAAUCACCUCGGAACACAGCAAGAAGUCACUUGGACUCCCGUUGAGGAUAUUGCCGGGCUCAUUCUCGAUAUUGCCGGUGUCACCGCUCCGAAGCCUGUCUCUGAGAUUUCAGGAUACUUCCAUGGAGUUAACCCGACGGCUGUAGACUGGUCUAAGCUAGCCCCUGCCGUGAAAGACUUUUAUGGAGACCGGAUGAAGAUUGUGAGCUUGGAAGACUGGGUCGAGAGACUGGAAGCCAGUGAAAAGGAGAAGGAUAUGGCAGUUGAGAAGAACCCUGGUGUUAAGCUUCUUGACACAUAUCGUGCCUUAUUGGAGGCAAAGAAGCAGGGUCAGACUAUGAGGUUCUCGAUGAAUAAGACCCAAAGCCACAGCCCAACCAUCAGGGAGGCUGGACCCAUCACCUCAGAGCUAAUGAGGAACUGGUGCCGCCAAUGGGGCUACUAGUCAAGGGUUGCGACAGAGGCUGUUGUGUGAUUCGUUGCUGCUUGAUAUUCGCAAAUCUUUUAUGAAGGUUAAUUUGUCUUCAGCGUUGUUAGCCAUCUAUAGAUAGAACUUUAAAUCAAGAUCAUGCAAUUGUA